AUGAGCACCGACGAUGAAGGCGGUGCUCGCUUGGUGGCCUUUGGUGAUGUUUCCGGUGAUGGCAUCAACGAUGCCGUUGUUGUCUCUAAGCUCGGCAACGGGACCUUGCUCUGGAUCCUCAACAUCGGCGGCGCCGGAAGGCACUGGGUCACUCAGGCUCCUAUCGAGCCGGUUCCGUUUGCUCUCAAGCCCAACCUUAUUGCUGCUGACGACGUCGAUGGCGAUGGAGAUUGCGACGCGUUGGUGGUGGCCACUGGGGCACCUACUGUCGUCAUGUGGUACGCCAACAACGAUGGCGUCGGUGGCGCCUGGUCUGGAGGCAACCCGAUUUCCGCCGGCCCUCUCCUCGCAGCAGCCACAUACAUCGGACUUGCCGACAUUGGCAGAGACGGCGACAUGGACCUGAUUUUCACCGGGCUCGACACUGGCGCCAUCGCCUGGCUGGAGCAGACGGCCCCGGGUGUCUUUGCGCCGACGUCGAUUACACUUGCGUCUUCGGUGACUCGCCCGGGCAAAGCGCUGAUCAUCGACGCCGACGACGACGGCUUUGACGACCUUGUCGUUGUUUCUGGUGGCGAGGGCCUCGUUUGGAUGCGCAACAUGACAGGCGACCCAGUCCUGUCGCUCAUUCUCUCUGAUGCCGGCACCGACCUUCUCCACACCCGCGUGUUUGGCACAUGGAUGCUCUGCAUGAGCGCAGAGCUGAGUUACUUUUGUCGGCUCGGGCCACUUGGUGUCUUUUCGAUUGGCAAGAUGCGGUACUUUACCUCAGAGGCUCUGUCGGGAGACGUGGCCAUUGGAGCAUUCUAUGAUGACGACUCGAUGGGUAUUGUGCGGAUCAAUGUCGACCAGUUGUACAUAGUGCGCCAGCACGGACCAAGGGAUAUUGGCGUGAACUACGCACUGCCACUGCUGCCAAACCAACCAGUUGCUGUCUUCUCGCCCGAUGUGACCGGUGACGGCAAGCCUGACGUCGUCGGUCUCGCCGACAACGGCACGGUUGCUCUUGUCAUCAACGAGCCGUUUGCUGAGCCGAUUUUUGGCCGCUUCCUCUCCGCCAUCAUCUCGGUCACUACCACGCAGCUGACCCCUGUCGACCUAGAUAACGACGGCGAUUUUGACUACUUUAGCAGCUUCGCAGACUACAUCCCGUACCUUUCAGUCGUGGAGAACUUUGUGGCCACAAAGUUCACCCCGCUCUCGAUUGUGGCGCCGUCACCAACCCCGAUCCGCGCUGCAGACAUGGAUGGCGAUGGCGACGCCGAUGUUGUCUACGGUGUUGCCUCGCUCAACGGCCUCUUUUAUCAAGCCAAUACUGACGGCCGGACCGCUCUUGCUGACAGCGUGGCGAUCGCGUCCGGCCCGACCAUGCUCUCGGCGCCUACCGAUGUCAUGCUCGCCGACAUGGACGCUGACGGCGAUGUUGACGUCGUUGUUGCCUGCGAUAAUGCGCCACACCUCAUCUGGUUUGCCAACAACGGUGACGCCUCUUUGGGCAGCCGGAUAGUCGUCGCAACCUUUGCCUCGGGCGUCAAGGCUAUUCGAGUUACCGACAUCGACGAUGAUGGCGAUCCAGACAUCGUCUAUGCACGCGGCAGCGCCGUCGGCGUCGCCACUAACUCCAAUGGCGCCGGUACGUCGUGGACAACCGCUUCGCGAUCGGUUGGCUCCGGCGCUCUCACCCGUAUCCAGAUCGGGGACAUUGACAACGACGGCGACGUUGACGUCGCUUACCUCGAGGCAGGCGGUAAUCUCGGCUGGCUGGCCAAUACGGCCGGCGUGCUCGGUACACCGUUCGUUGUCGCCUCGGGCCUCACGCCCAUGCCGCCGCAGCUUGAGCUCGUGUACUUUGAUCGCGAUGACACACUCGACCUCGUCACCCUGGCCUCGCCUACCUCGUUUGGAGUUUGGUACAACGCAGACGGAAGCGGCUCGUUUGCGGGCGGUAUGACACUACUCGGCGCCAAGAUCGGGUCGGCUGUUGAUGGCUUUUUUGUCCGCGAUGUUGAUGCCAGCGGGACAGCCGACAUUACCGCUCACGAAGCUGAUGGCAACGUCUACGUCUACGUCCAGAACGAUAUCUCUCCUUUCGAUGUGUGGAAGCCGACGAUGUAUGCCGCCGACUCGCCGCGCGUCCGUGGCCUCCUUAACUCGCCGUUCUCGCCGUGUGCUUCGUUUGCUUUUGGCGCCGGCAAGACUGUCCGAUGCCUCGCUGACAUUGCGGCUGUGACAAGUAACCAGUGUGUUCGGAACACAGCAAUUGUGCCGGCUGGUACCUACACAGGCUGCCGGACAACAGCACACUACCUGAUCAAGCGCGCGGUCGAGUUGGCAGCUGACGGCGCUCCCGGCAGCGUGGUCGUCGAUUGCGAGCCGACACGUGGUGUGCUGUGGCAUGUGACUCAGCUCGACAGCAGUUUUCUGUACUCGGUCGGCGGCCUACGGCUAUCGGGCUUUGAUAUCCGCGGCAUGGGCACAUGUACCGACGUUGACAACGGGGGGCCUGGCCUGCUUGCGUCGACCAGCGGCGCGUACAUCGAGCUCAACGCCACCGUUCUCUCUGGCUCGGACACUUCGCCCAUCAUCGGUCGCAAGGUGACCAUCGGCAGUGGCGGUGGCGCAGUCAUGGUCUCAAAAGCUGCCCGCUUUGCCGCCUACGGCUCCCAAGUCCGUGACAACUCUGCCGGCGCCGGAAACCCCGGCGGCGCCAUCUACGCGGCCGAUGCAAGUACUGUAUGCAUCAUGGACAACUCGCUCGUCUCGGGCAAUGUGGCGCCUCAGGCAAGCGGCGGCGCCAUUGCAGCCCUUUCCAACUCGGUUGUUGUCGUCGGAACUGGCGCAGCCCUCGGUGACGCUGAGCGCGAGUGGAACGUCCGCGCCAACACCGCCGAGCUGUCCGGUGGCGGCAUUGCUGCGGUUGCGCGGUCGACGGUCACGCUCAACAACGGGCUCGUUGAGGGCAACAGCGCGCGCGGCUCGGGAGGUGGCUUGUUUGUCUCGUCCGAGACAGGCGUCACCAUCUUUGGCGGCUCAAGAUUUGCCCGCAACUCAGCGCUUGGCGCUGGCGGCGCUUUGGCGCUCGUCACCCCGCUCGCUGCGACGGUCUCGCUCUCGGGCACCGAGCUUGCUGGCAACUCGGCACCACUCGGUGCCGGCGUCGCGGCGGUGUCGAGCACGCUGUUCAACGACGUGAUUGUUGUCCGGUCGUCGGUCGACUUUCCGCGGACCGCUGGCGAUCCACCGUCAGACCUGGCGACUUCCUCGGCGGAUGUCGCGCUCUCCAACGUGGUCUUUUCCAGCAACACUGCUGCCCGCUACGGUAGCGCGCUUGUGGCUUGCGGCGUGUCGGUCAGCAUCUCUGGAGCAGGCUCGUCGUUUGGCAGUGACGACGUCAUGGUCUGUCUCCCGCCAUCGCUUGACGACAGCGGCUUUGUGCCGGACAGACAGUCACCGGCGGGCUUGCCGUGGCUCUGGUUUGACAGUGAGGCGUGGACUAGCUCCGGUGUCAGCGCGCACGUGGCCACGCCGCCGGCGAGGCUGGCAUGGUCGCAGCGCCCGGACCCAGUGCUCCAGCCAGGCAAUCCAAUUGCGGGCAGUGUUGUCGUGGCCGACUGGUUUGGCGCCGGUAUUGUCGACACCCGGCUGCAAGUCAUGGUUGAGUUGGCGGCUGCAUCGGCGGCCGCAGGUGUGGGCGCCAGCGGCCAGGACUUGGUCACCGUCUCGAGUACCUCUGUCCCGCUCCCACCGCUCGUCCUCCGAGUCGUAGAGCCAGGCAUUCUUCCGGUGGCAGGCACACACGUGGUCGUCAGCGUUGCGGACGAGUCUGGCGAGCAGAGCGGAGCGCCUGAGUUGGCCCUUGACUCUGUCUUCGACAUGGGCCUCUGCUCCAUCGGCCGCGGUGGUGCCGUCGACGAGAACGGCUUUGGAUGUGUUUUCUGCGACGGGGAGACGUUCUCGGAUGAGGUUUCGGCCGCGCCGUGCUCAACCUGCCCGACCAACUCGGUGGUGGCAUCGGUGAACGGAAGUGCGAGCGAGUGCGCGUGCGUUCGUGGCUAUUACGCCACCUCUGCUACCCUUUGCAGCGCCUGCCCCGACGGAGCGAUCUGCGUUGGUGGCAAGGCACCGCCGGUGGCAGCCCCCGGCUUUACCUCUGGCGACGCGGCAACGCUCUUCCUGCCGUGCCCGACUUCCGAAGCGUGUGCCGGUGGUGGCGCGUGCGCCCCGGGCUACACCGCGCGGCUCUGCGCCGAGUGUGCCAAAGGCUACUACGCACUCAACGGCAAGUGCUUCAAAUGCAAGACUGGUGUCAACACCCUGGUUGUAGUCGUCAUGGUCGUUGGCUGCCUCGCCGUCACGGCCGUCCUCCUCGCGUUCAACCUCGCGGAGAGCGUGAGCUACAAGUUUGCGGCGGCGAUGAUCGGUCUCAACGGUCUCCAGAUCACGGCUCUAUACGGCAAGCUCGACUUUGACUGGGGCGCGUUUGCCGACGUCUACUUUGAUGUUGCCUCGAGCCUCAACCUCAACUUCGAGCUGACGAGCCCCGAGUGCAGCGUGGUCCCCGGAACCGACGUCUGGGUCCUCAAGUUCUUGCUCACGCUUGCGCUCCCGAUCCUUGCUGCCGCUGUUGUCCUUUUUGUCUCUGGCGUCUUUAUGGGACUCUCGUUCAUCUCUGCGCCAUGGCUCUCGCAGUUUAUUCCAGCGCAAGUCCGUAACGCCGCAGCGCGAUGCUGGUGGCAGCUGCUAGUGCUGAUGUACAUGCCGCUGGUGGCGGGUGCGUUCUCACUUUUUGGCUGUCGCAAGGACGCGUCGGGCCGGUGGGUGCUGAGCGCGGCGCCGGCGCGGUCGUGCUACACCCCGACCUGGUGGAGCCUGUUUGUGUUUGGCGCCGCGGGCGUGGUCGGCUACGGCUUUGGUCUCCCGGCAAGUGUGGUGUACAUUCUGCAUCGCGAGCGGAAGCAGCUCGAGUCGAGCGUCUUUGUUCUACGGUAUGGCUUUCUUGUCGGGCGGUUUGUGGAAGACGCCUGGUGGUUUGAAGCGGCCAUCAUGGGCCGCAAACUCGGAGUUGUUCUGUCGAUGGCGCUGUUCUGGGCCGACACCACAAAGGCGUACGCGAGCGUGUGCGUCCUGGUGGGCUCAUUCCUCGACCUUGCCACCCGCGCGCCAUACGCCUCGAGGCUCCACAACUGGAUGGCGUGGGUUGUCCUCGCCUCGGUCAUCGUUGUCCUCCACGCCGGCACCCUCACCAACAAGCCACUUCGAACAGGAGGUGUGGUCCUCGGCCUUGUGGUUAACCUCUUUGCCAUCGUCAUCGGCAACAUGAUUGACAUUGUGCGGCUGCAGCGCGAGGAAAAGGAAACCAUGGACAACGAAUUCUACGUCAGUGGCAACUUUAGCAACAACGCCGUCGAGUCACGGAUGGGCCUUCGCCAGAGCGUCACCGGUCUCGACGUCCGCUCCGUCGGCACCGACAUCGAGAUGCAAGACGUCGGCCUCCAUGCCCUCGUGUCCGGCACCACGCUCGACUCGUCAGACUCGAUGUUCCACACAACCAACCUCGAUUCGGUUGCGAUCGAUGACACCGCGCCCAGCCUCGGCUCUGUCGCGCUCCCGUCCUCGCGCCCGGCUCGGCCGGACCGCAAGCCAUCGAAUGUGCCCGACCAUGUUCCACCGCGCCCUACGCACAAGCCAUCACGCCCUGCGGUCGGAGCACGUGCCGCACCUGUUCGCCCUGCCCGUCCCGCGCGGCCGCUGCGCAUCGAGCCACCGCAUCCAGAUCGCGAGAACUAG